GAUAUCCAACAUUACACUCAGCCUGUCAACAUUAAAUAUAUCCAAAGAAAAUGUCCAGACUAAAGGUCUCAGAGAGUCAGGGGAGCGAGGAGUCGGACACGGAGCUGCUGCUCGAGACGCUCUCUCCGGAGGAGGUGGAGGAGCUCGUGCGGGAGCUCGUUUACAUCGAGCCAGACCCGAAUGUACCGGUGGGAUUCCUUCAGCGGAACCAGACCGACAAACUGCCAUCCAGAGGAUAUGACAGAGACGCUAUGCUGGACUACUGUGAGCGGGAGACCAAGAAACUAAUCCGGAGAGAGCUGAGCGCAGAGGGAGGGGAUGGCAAAAGGAGAGAUCGACUCCACAGGAUGAGGAGCAGAGAGUUUUCCAGGUCACCGAGUGACGAUCCUCUUGACACGGAGAGCAGAAAUACUGAGAGCGAAAAAGAUCAGGAUAGAGCAAGAGAAAUGGAGGAUGACUCUAAAAAUGUAUCUAAUGAAGAUGAAAAAGGCAAAGAGAGGAUAGGUAAUAAGACAGAAAGUGGAAAGGAGCUUUCUAGAAAAGAAAGAGGAAGCAGCAAAACUCUUGACCUCAUAUCUAAACUGCAAGAGAAAAAAGAUGAUAAAAAAGAAAGAGGGAGAAGGGAGGGAAAAAAAGUCAGUGAAAACUCUAAAAUACGAGGGUUGGUCUCCAAACUACAAGACACAGAAGAUCUAAAAGUAAAAGACAAUAAGGCAGAUGUCAAGAAACAAUAUGAAAGCAGAAAUAAAACCAUAGAAGAUCCAAAGAACAACAGAGCAGAAGGAAGAGUAAACAUUAAAGAUGUAGAAACAGCGGGAAAGAAAAGCAGAUCUGGAAAAAUAGAAGAAAUAAGCAGAAGAGAGAGGGUAGAGGAGGAUGAGAAACAUCACUCACAGAGAGAUACAACCAGAGCACAGAAAGAGAGAGAAAAAGAAGAAAACAACAAGGUGAAAAUAUCUACCAUUUCCAGCCAUAAAACCUCAUUGAACUCUUAUGGCACGGAUGACCGUUCUGUUACCACUGAGGAGGACGAGUCUUUUAGUGAAGAUGUGGACAGUGACACUGGGUCCAGCAUGUUUGAGGACCUUGUGGAGCAGGUUCGCAGCGAUGACCCUGAACUAACAGAGCUCAACGUCAAUAAUUCAGACGCCAUUAAGGGAGACACCCUGAUACAGUUUGCAGAGGGUCUUCGCAGCAACACUCACAUCAAAACCUUCUGCCUUGCAAACACAAGAGCGGACGAUCAUGUUGCGUUUGCCAUCGCUGGAACCCUACGAGAUAACUCCACCCUGACCAGCGUCAACCUCGACUCGAAUCAUUUGACAGGCAAAGGCAUCCUGGCCAUCAUCAACUCUCUCCAGCACAACAGCACGCUUAUGGAGCUGAGGUUUCAUAACCAGAGACACAUCUGUGGAGGGAAGACGGAAAUGGAGAUGGCCAGAGUCUUACGGGACAACUCUUCACUGUUGAAGCUGGGAUAUCACUUUGAGCUGGCCGGGCCCAGGAUGACCAUGACAAACAUCUUGAGCCGAAACAUGGACAGGAAGAGGCAGCAACGGCUAGAAACGCAAAAACUCACCAGACAGGAGACUAUGUCCAGGCCAUGUGACGUUAAGAGCUCACCUGAGAAGAAUAAGCUGACAAUAUCGUCCAUCAACACUCAUAAGAACGACUCUAAAUUUGCUGCCCUCUCAAAAUUCACUUCUGCUCAGGAAACUCCUAAAGCUCCUCUCACAAAGUCACCAUCUAGACCCCUCCCAUCUGAGGUACCUGGGAAGAAAGAAGGGGCAACAGGAAGUCGACAAGCUCCUCCUCCACCCCCUCCUGGCCCAGCGUUAGAUGUUCAGGCCCUGAGGAGGUCGCUGACCCCAAUCUCUCAGAAGAAACCAGACGGCAGUGCAGCUGUCCGACAGACGGACAGGAGCUCCAGAGAUCAGCUACUGGACUCUAUCAGAAACUGCAGCAUGAAUGCUCUCAAAAAGGUGACACGGACAUCACAUUUCAUUUCUACACAUGCCAGUACAUGACCAAACAUUUAAACACCAUCAUCUCAAUAAGAAGAUGUGAAGGCUUCUUUCUACAGCAUUAUAUUCCUAAGAUAUUUUAAUGCAAGUUAAACUUUUAUAAUGUUUGGCCCUCUACAC